AUCAAGAGCUCCCAUCCUGUCCGGGGCUUGUCAGGCAGCCAACCCAGCCGAAUUUAGCUGCUUUAAUCUCUGCCCCUGAGCCAGUCCCCGUGGCCCACGAUAACGCCCUGUCCUGCCCAGCCGCCAGCGAGAGGCCCAGGCCCGAGCGCAGGGGACAGACAUGGGGACACGGAUCCUGCUGCUGUUCUGCUGGGCCCUGCUGGGAGCAGCCAGCGCUGAGCCUCCCAAGGAGCACGACCCCUUUAUCUACGACUAUCAAUCCCUGAGAAUUGGAGGCCUCAUAUUCGCCGUCAUCCUCUUUCUGCUGGGAAUCCUCAUCAUCCUCAGUCGACGCUGCCGUUGCAAAUUUAACCAGCAACAAAGGACUGGUGAGCCAGACGAGGAGGAAGGGCCUCUCCGAAGCUCCAUUCGCCGUAAGUACCAGGCACCCCGCAGUCUCCCCCAGUGUCGGAUUAACACAUGGGCCCACGGGGCCUGUGCCCAGAGGCCUUGGUCAAUUUGGGGGCUCCUGCAGGAGCGCCGGAACCUGUGUAGAAGGGGGGGCCCACCAGUGCCUGAAGUGUGGCCCUGCCCCCUGCUCCUCCUCUUCUGCCUGGGGCCCACCCCCUGGCCAGGCCAUAAGCUGGAGCUGCCCGGGGACCCUGGGUCGCUUGUGGGGAGUCCUGGACCCGCCACCUGCCCUGGGUGGGGGGACCCGAGAACAGCCACCGGCCUGCCCUCCUGGAGAGCACCACCCAGGGCAGGUGGAGGGUCUGGGGCUUCCCACAGUGGCUUGGGCUCCCUCGGCGGCUCCAGGGCCAGCCUUAGGGGUGGGCCACCCAGGAGGUGCCCUGCAGCUGUGCAGAGGUGCGUACUGCUGGCUGGCAGAGGCGAUGGGGGGGGGCACCCAGAUUUCUCCCUGCUCUGGGGUGGGAGGGGAGUGGUGUUGCCCAGAUACCACUCACUCCCCACAACCGCCCUCCAGGCCCCCUAGGGGGUUGGGGCCGGG